UACACGGAUUGGGACGCAGCUUCCGUUCAGACCGAGCACACUGCUAGCUUAAAAGGACACGACUACAGCGGGAGUUAAAAAAAAAAAAAAAAAACACCAGUAUCGCUAAAUUAAAGCUGUGGGAUGAAGACUACUGCGGAGGAAGUGUGUGACAGCAGUGCAAUGGCGGAGAACAGUGAAGAGAGAGAAUCAUCGCCGGUGAGUUACAGAGGAGCGCGGAUACAGCACGAGCAGCCCUGGAAGAGGAGCUUUAUUUAUCUACAGUGCUAUUUUUUAACAGUGGCAACUAUUCUGGGAACUGGAAUUUUAGGACUACCAGUGACGAUUGCUCGUUCUGGACCCAUUCCCUUCUUGGUCUCAUUCCUCAUUGGUUUUUUUAUGCAGGCUUUGCUCAUCUACCUCUUUGUGGAUUUGCUCCAGCGAUGUCGAGUCGCUCAGUUGGAGUCAGUAAAGCCUCUAGAGCCGGAACGAAUAUUAAUGCAGAACGUGAGCCCACUGGAAUCUCCUGUUUCAGACAAUGAGGACAUAGAAGAGAUGGAGGAUAUAGAAGAUGCAGACACAGGGCUGCUGCAAAAGGACAAGACAGUAAUAAAGCUUCAAGAGGAACUUCAUCCGAACCUGCAUUCUCUUGGAGUUCUCUUCCUGAGCAAACGCAGCAACCAGGCCUUCAGCUUUAUUCUGUUUUUUCAUUUUGUCGCCAUUGGAAUAAGUUAUGUUUUGGCAGGGAGUGAAGCGUACGCUGCACUUUUUCAUACAAGUCACAUCUACAUUAUUCCUGCCUUUACAUGGACACUUUCACUGGGUAUCCUCCUGGCCCAGGUUAUCAUCCAGCCAAUCAUGUCACUGCUCACUCUCCUCAAAGGGAUCCUGCUGAUUAUUACUGUGGUGGUGACAUUUGUUGUGGGUUCAGAGGUUCACCAGGAGACCAAGAAUGACUUCACUCAGAUCGGAAAACCUUUCCUGAUGGGAACCGUUGCUCUCGGGGGAAUUGUCAACAUCAUGCCAUUCCUGUUUUCUGAGAUUUACCACAACAAAACACAGGUCUUAUGGUUCAGAAGAUCUGUACUAGGGGGACUUGCUACCUGCACAAUCCUAAAUAUAUUAUGGUGCUGGGCAGUGGUAGAGAUCGUUCCCCAGAUGGCUGUCGAGCCCGUCCUGGAGGAGAGGCUCUUAAAUACCAGCUUGGUCCGGAUGGAGACCACUCGACCUGCACACACAUUUAUCUACUCCAACAUCUCCCUGGAGGAGUCUGAAAAGGCUGGAGAGAUUGCAACAAUACCUCUAACAAAGAUCAUAAAUCAGAGGUACACACACUUCUCGUGGGUGGCAGAGCUGAUCCAGAUCUUCAUCACCAUCAGUAUAACCGUGUCAUUCCUUGUAAUGGGCUCAGCAAUGAAGCAUACAAUCGACGGCUGGGUAAACAGGCAGUGGGAGACGAAUGCGGACGCGGUUCUGAGAAUCCAGAGAUGGACUUUACCUCAAAUCUUUCACACUGUCAAAAUGAGAAGUGUUUCAGGUGGCUUCUUGUCUUCUCUGGUGUUUGGGAUUAUUUUUGUAGUGUCGAUGUGUGAUCCAAAGGGUUUUGUCAUUAUGCUGGACAAGGUCGUCUCUUUCUCCCUAAACACUGAAGUAGGCUUGUUCAUCUUCUUGAUGCUGAGGACCUCCAGAUCAGAACGGUUUAAGUAUAUGACGAUUCCCCUGCCAGUGGGUGAAAGUCUCUUCAGGCUCCACUGGCUCUUGCCAGUCUACUUUCUCUUCGCCGUGGCAUAUGAUCUAUGUCUGAGCAUGCUGGACAUAUCGAAGGACAUGUAUCAUUCUGUACAAAGCAACAGGUCUCUUGUGUAAAACGCCGGUGUCUGAAGAACCACAAAGUUUUGUACAGAGACCACUGCAGUCUGCUUGAUGAGUGGAUUGGGAUCUCUGGUCUUCAGCUGGUUAGACACAUCAUGGCUAGACAUAUUUGUAUAUGGUUACAAGCUAAAAUAAACUAAGCUCAACCACAGCCUACAGGAGAA